ACUGCUCGUUAUACAUCACAUCAAUGUGUUGGGUGUGUGUUGUAAGUGGGUAGCCUGCAUGUGCAUUUCUACAACCAUUGGACAACGUAAACUAGUUACAUCUCGCUCAAGAGAAGUGCUGAAGUUUGUCUACUUUCCUGUAAGCAUUUCUUGGUGUAAGGAACCAAUAUGAAGAUACACUCGACAGACGGCAAGCUUCAACAAGCUAAGGUUGUGUAUGAUGGUAGCACGUACACCACAGUGACACUGCCGUCAACAGAUUCGACAACGGAUAAGUGCAAAGAGUGCGAUGUAAACUUGACCAAGUCCUCCCACCCAGAAGUAACGCCGACGCACCAUCAGACGCGGUGCUGGACAUUCGGCAUCUCGGCGUGUUGCAUCUUCAGUCUGGUAGCGUCGGUGGGACUGUUUGGGCUACUCUACUCGGCAGCCAGACCGGUAAGCUACGCAGCCGGCGAGUGCGAGUACCCGAUAUUUGCAGAGGAACAGCAGAAAGUAUUCGAAGUAAUGACGGCUGAUGAGGAGACUAGGAUAGAGACGUUUGAUGUACCACAGAUCAACGAGAACCACCCAGCAACGGUGCUCUACGAUUUCUAUAAUGAGGUAACGGUGUAUCUUGAUCGAGCUGAGGAGGUAUGUUUCAUAAUGAAGCUUAACAGAUCGCAGGUAGUCCAGCCUAAGACGCUGCUUGAAGCUUUUGUCAGAUAUAUUAAGGGUGAUUUCUCGCUUGAUUUCGAUGUAAUUCGCGAGACGAUGCACGUCGACGGACCGCCAAUUUCCGACAUCGCUCAUUUCGGUGCGGGAACCGAUAUCCUCUGCCACGAUUUGCCCGUAUACCGCCUGACUCAUUCAAACUCAAAGGCACUACGAAAGAGAAGCAUUUCAUCUCCAAAACACACUGUAAAAUACUUCAAUGGUCUACACUUGGUGGAACUCAGUGUGGACUACUAACAAAAAAUCUCACCAAAUUGUUUGUUUGUGACUGUGCUGGCGAUUGGAGGAUAAAGUUUGUUUUCAUUUACCAAUGAUUUUUCAAGACAAAAUUUGAGUGGAUGCACUCCAAGCGAUGUCUUGUUUUCCUUAUCAGCCGGUACCUCUUCAAACUCUCCUUAGCGGGACAUCUAUUGUAAUUAUUUUAUUUUAUUUUAUUUUAAUUCUAUUUUAUUUUUCUUCAAUAUUGCGCAAAAUAAACUCAAAUCGGUGAUUGUUAGCGUUUUGGAAUGUAAUUAUUUGUUGUGUCUUCGGAUCGCUUUCCAACAACAUAACGUCAGCAACUCAAAUCGUAUCCGAAAAACCCCCACGAUGAAGUAGUGACGUAAUAAUAUGUUACUACAAACAUGCAUUCCACUUAUGGUUUACUACAAGAAACAACACGCAUAUUUUGUACAAUCUUAACCCACCAAAGCUGAUUUUAAACUAUAGUUUGACAAUUUGUUCAAUGUUGAUAACGUUUUUUCGAAAACAAAACAAUUCUUGUCAAAAUGAUGUUGGACUCGGAACCUUACAUAACUACACAUCCUAUAGUAAGUGAAGUGUAUUGUUCCACAUUGAGUUGCCUUACGGUUCUGCCAGCCAAUGUGGCUGUGUGGCAACCAGAAAUGCCGGCCGAGGUCGAGUUGACUUUCCUUCCCGUCUAUGUGUGUUAUCCAUGUGUACCGUUUAUGCAGUUCUAAAAAAUAUAUAAUGAAACCGAUUUUAACAAGUUGUCACUCGUCGGAGACUUUAAAGAAUGCCACUAUCCAAUUAGAGUAAUAGUUGGCAUAUCAGUUCGUGAUGUGUAUUUUAAAGAGCUCCUAACAGCCCUCAACGAUAAUCUAAACAGCGCCCCCUUCGAAAUAAAUACGUUUACGAAAGCCACUAUACCCAGAACAUCUGACGUCAAACUUCGAGGCUCGCGAAUUACACCA